GGUUAAGAGAGGAGAGAUUUGCUCAAAGAACAGUCAUUCGUGAAGAGAUCUGACACUUGUUGAAGUUAAAUCUCUGCAUCAGAGUAUCUUAAUGAUUAGCCAGUCAAGCUUGAGAUAUUUGGUUGUGGAUUUUCGCGCGAAAUUCAAAAUACGAUGACUGAGAGCUUAUAUCAUGCUAAAGGUUUAGGAAUGCCUACCAAAGUCACGUUGCUGAGACAUUUAAAAUUGAUAAACGUGGAAUACUAAACAACACAAAACAUAAUUUAUCAAUAUUUCAAGGUAAGUAGAGGAUGCAUUUAAAAUCGGGAUCUGGUUGUAUGAAUAUUCAUCCUUAAGACUGUGCUGGACCAGAAAAUGUAUAAGCGUGAAAAGUAUCAACAAAGUUCGACCUGAGCACUCCAUACACUUGGCUAACCCUGAUUACUACUAGAAACUCCUAAAUUCUAGUCUUAAUCCUGACGUUUCUGAGUUUUCGUAGAAUAAUUUAUUUUUUUGCAUCACAUGCGUUUUAAUUAACUUACAAUAAGCUUCGUCCUAUUGGGGUUUUGCUCAGUUGCUUGUGGUAGUUUGCGAAGUCUACUUUCUACGGCAUAUCCAUCAUUAAUAGUGUUUCCGAAGAAUAAAAUAUACCUAGUCAAUACCCAUGAGGCACGGAGAAUAUUAGACCCCCGCAGUUAUUUGUGCGUUCAAGGUCGUUGUGGGGGAAGGAGGUAAUUUGAAUCCUGGGCUGAUUUUAAUCUGUGAAAUGGAGCCUUCAUACAGGAAGAACUGUGUAGUUAUCGAUGACGACUUUCCUGGGUAUUCCGAGAAAUGUUUUAACUUGGCUAGCAAGUAUGAACAAUACAUAGAGAGCAUAAUAGUACCUAACGGUAUGAUCAAGGACAGGCUCGAAAGAAUGUCAAUCGAUAUUUUAGAAACUUUUGAGUUGCUAAAUGCAACUGCUAUAAAUCUCUUGUGCGUUCUUAAAGGCGGGUUCAAGUUUGCAUCAGAUCUAAGUGAAAAAAUACAUAACAGCGCAGUUACACGAAAUAAAAAUAUACCCAUCUUCAUGGACUUCAUCGUUUCCAACACAUACGAAAAUGAUGUCGUAGGUCACGAACCUCAAUUUCAUACUUACACUAACUUGACAUCAUUUAAAGACAAGGAUGUUCUCAUAGUUGAAGAUUUGCUUGACUCAGGCACUACUCUCAGCAGUCUGGUUCCUUAUAUUAAAUCUUUUGAACCUCGUUCUGUUCUUGUUGCUUGAUUAAACAAAUCCAAACAGGUCAUAUAUCGCUGCGAAACCAAUCAAAUAAUACUGCCACAAGGACAAGUGAAAAACGAAAGCUUAGACAGGCUAUUAUGAGUUGGUGAAUUACUUGUCUGACUAAAGUUAUUUCUUAUGUAUCUCUUUCUGAGUCAAUAAAGAUAUAUAAGUAUGUAUAUACUUAUCCAUAAGUUAUGUACAGUGAGUCAUAAGCAAUGUAGAACCUGGCUCACAUGUUCAUUGGUCUACGUUUCUACACUAUAUCAGCCCAGCUAGUUAUGGGUUAUGUACAAUUUGAUGCUAUGCUCAAAGAUUAAUCCUAACAGUCAGGUCUUAACUAACUAGAGAAUGAUUGACCUACCCUUCAUUUGCCUAUGACAUCUUAUUGUGGUUAUCUUGUAUUCAUAUUCAGUAAAUAAGCGUUCUAUUUUAUUAUAUGAAAAGACUUAUUCAUCUAACUCGCGGUCUUGCUUUUGAUUUCUAAUCAUUCGGAUGCCCAAGCUAAUAAUACUAUCUCGUUAGUACCUGUCACUUGGUCACAUUUUGUCAUUCCGUCCAUCCAUCGUUUGGCAUUCUACUCACUGAUUUUAAGCGCAAAAAUUUAGUCUUAAUAAAUCACAGAAAACCUCUUCCAUAAAACGAUUUUAUUUAACUUUGGUAUUAAAGCUUCUUAUGCAUUCUUAAUUGUCUUGCUCUUGCAUAGCUAGCGGGCUGGGUCAAGCAUUGUGAAGUAUUUGAGUGUGAAUGAAUCAGGCUGGCAGACCAUUUCAUUGUCUGACUAAUAUCUUACAAUCAGUUUGCUGGUUUGACAAACGUUGUAAAUUAAUAGGUUCAUAAUUGUAAUCUUGAAAUAUUUAUUCAGAGAUUUUGGCUCACUGAUUCUUAUAAGCAUCAGACUAAUACUCAUGAUUAUUUGUUUACAUGUAGACACAUUGAGCAACAAUACUGUCAUUUUUUUGCGUGAAAAGAAAGCUUUUACUUUAGUAAGAUGCAACAGAAAUGUGACGUUUAUAAAUGCAUCAAACGUCAAAAUUAAAAUAAUCGUUUUCGUAAACACAUUAAGCAGGUAUACUCCGUCUAACUUAUCUAGGAAAAUUCACUGGAUUCAUAAAUUUUACAGUGAGUUUCCUUAGAACUUGUCUUUUAAAUGCUUUACUUCGCACUCCCAUUGGGAUAAAGUGUUUAAUGAGUCGAGGUAAACCACCACAUUAUUGAUGUUAUAAUUUAAUACUUGAUCAAGAAAAUAUAUUCAGAAAAUUGUUAUAAAGACAGCAUAUUUUACAAAUUGUCUUCUGUCUUGUCUUACAGUUUGUUGGUAAAAAGAAGACAAGAUUUUUCCGAGUUCCAACCAGAUUGUAAGUUUAGUUUUAACACGAUUGUUUUAUGCUGAAUAUCAGCUCACUUGUUAUGUCCUCACAGUUUUUUUUUAUAGAUGGGGAAUAUAUCCAUCAUCUGUUUUUUUCAAUAUCUUACAAUAUAUACUUCACUUGACUCUGGAGAAAGCUAAAGAAGAAUUUUUAAAUAAUAUCACAUACCUGUAAAAGAUUACCACUAAUUUGGGCGAAUGUCAGGCGCUUUAACCGGGUUGGUGGACAUGGAGAGUCCACCUAAGGGAGUUGGAAAACCCUGAUUCCAAACCAAUGGUGCACAUGGGCUCCAGUAUCCUGAAGGAACAGAUGGCGUAUGAACCAAUCUUUGGUCACCGGCUGCCAUGGGACUGCAUCCCCUUACGUUGUCCCACUGCCUUGUGGGUCAGACCUUCAGGUCGAAGGCUCCGGGUGUGGCCCCUUAAGAAAACCACCUGCUUCGGUUUGGGCACUCGAGUAGUAUCACAGCCCUCAUACAUAUCAAACGAGAUCGGUGUGGCGCAUAUGUAUUUGGUGCCUUUUUGUACCAAUAUCUAUGUGUUAAAAUAAAUAAAUAAAUACUUAUUUGGGCUAUAACUUCAUCGUAACUCUUCUACACUUCGUCUUCGUACUAUUCUGAGUAUGAUGUUAGCUAGUGUAUAAAUCACUUAUGGUCCUUUCCUACAUGUCUCAGUCGUUGGUUACUUCAGAUGGAAGUUAAGGUUCUGUAGUCCUGUUAGAUUAUUGGUCUAAUCAAGGAUUUAUCGAUUAUGUUUCAAUUACUUGCUAGCUUCUGGGACUUGGAUGUUAUAUUGUAUCGUAUUAUCUUAAUUCACUAUAUUAUCUCUAAUCAAGCUGCCAAAGUAACUUAAAUACAUGUAGAAAAUUGUCAUUGAGGGUGAAAACUAACUAGCGCUAUCUGCUAGUGUCUGUUUCUUUUGAACCCUGUAUACCAUAAGUGUUUUACGAAUUAUUCUUCCUCCUGCAAAUCCUGUAGUCGACUUUGUGACUGUGCAAUUGAUACAGUUUUGUUAAGGAGAAAGUGGUAAGAUACAGGACCCUAUCAUUACUGUAAGCAAAAUUCCGAGGAUAUAGGAGAUGGAUUUGGUAUCCACCAAAAGGUAACUGUUCCUCAGAGUAGUUCUGGACCGAUAUUUAACUUAAAGAGAGAGAAUGCGAUGACUAAGUGUAUUCAUCGCUUUACUUAAAUAAGUAGGAACUGGACUGGACUCUAACAAAAGUUUAGCUCCGUACAAUAAAAAUAGUUCAUUUUCAAAAACCAUAAUGAAUAGAAAAACUAAGUGUGAAUGUUAGAGGUUUCGUAACUUAGUGCAAGUCUCUACUUCAAAGAAUAUGGUAUUUACAAAGUCUUUCAAUCUACCUGAUCUAUGUCGUACUGGUUUUCAGUGGGUAAUUUAUUGUACUGGAGUUCUUCCUGUAUUAUAUGACUGUGAGGUACUACUUAUUAAUAGAUAUGCGUAGAUUUAAUGGAUUGAACCUUAAUUACUUUAGAAGCAUUGUUUAGGUUCAGUAAAGCUACUAAAUGAGCGUUACUCUGACUAUUCACAACGUUUUAACACAGGAAAUGUUGUUCAGUGAAGUGGAAGGCUUGGUUUAUUUGAAACAGCUGGGUCACUUGUUACACUAGAUAAAUUAUCAUUCACUUCUACGUGUAAUGCUAGUUAGAUUAGAAAUGGUUCAUAAAGACACUGACCGAUGAAAUCCAAGUAGAUUCCUAGUGUGUUCUGAUUCCAGCGAUGUCUAAGUUGUAGAUAUUUUAAGUGGUGUCAUCCUAAGUGCUAAUAUUUAAGAUUUUAAAUGACUUGAAGUCAGUCACAAUAACGUACAAGGGUUUAUAUUAUUUCCCUUACUUUCCAGAACUUAAACUUAUCCCUUGUAGGAUUUAAUUUGUCCUACAGAUAUUCUGCUAGAAUUGUAAACGAACACCCCGGCCAGUAUUGGCAGGUUACAUGCAAUAGGGAUAGUCUACAGACACAUCAGACCAGAUUGACGUGGUGGGCGCUUAAACAACGAUUCGAUUGGUUAGUUAUGGACAUAACUAACGUCCCUUUCAAUCAUUUUUGUCCAUUAAUAAUUAUCAUUCUUGUUCGCUUUCAGUAUCUUCCUCCUCUUAUUGAUUUUCCGUUUGCCCUGUUGUGAAAUGGGAAAACUUAGAUUAAUACACAGUUUCGUGCUAAUAUUCAUCAUAUCAUUUAUAUCUGGUAUUGUUACGCUUUCUUUGUAAAAUAGUUCAGGAAAUUUUAUUGACGAUCAUAUACUCUACCAGAUACUGCCCUAAACAAUGCUUACUUAAUUGUUACCCUGUAUAUCACAACCAAGUUGGAAUAUAUAAAGUACAAUUCAUUUUAUUUUAGAUGAUCCGCUGGUUUAUGUAAGUUGGUUGAUAAAGACAUCAUAAAAUGGGAAAGUAGACGGAUUUUAUUCGUUUAGAUCAAUCCAUAUUUGUUUCUAAUUGUUACUGACUUUCUUCCAUAGCGUAUUGUUAUUUGAACUUAAACAAAGACUAACUGAUAUGUGACUUGACGUAAGAAAGAAGUCAAAGACUAUGAAUAAAUAUUUAAUAUGCGUAAAAAAAUGGAUAAAAAAACCUCUGAAUACAUUGAUUUUUAUACGGUUUAUUCACCCACUGAUCUAUAGUCAAGUUUUUCAAUAAUUGGAACUGGAUAGUACUGGAUACGAAUUAAUUAGUAUAUGUAUACACAUAAUUUAUAAAUUCACAAAAUUAAACUGUUAUCAUUAACUUACUUACGCCUAUCACUCCCAGUGGAUCAUAGACCGCUGACCAGCAUUCUCCAACCCACUCUGUCCUGGGCCUUUCUUCCUAGUACUAUCCAAUUGUUGUUCAUUCUUCUCAUGUCUGUCUCCAUUUCUCGGCAUAAUGUGUUCUUUGAUCUUUCUCUUCUCCUUUGGCCUUAAGGAUUCCAAGUGAGGGCUUUCCUUGUGACGCAGUUGGGUGCUUUCCUCACUAUGUGUCCUAUUCACUUCCAGCGCUUCUUGAUUUCUUCCUUCACUGCAAUCUGAUUUGUUCUCUCCCAUAGUAUGUUAUCAUCAACACAUAAAAGUAAUUUGCUGACUAAUGAUAUCUACACCUUCAUAACACGUUUCAAUAUUUCAGUUUUCAUUUAUUGUUAAAUUUCAGCUUUUGUUUAAUAUUUUUAACGUAAUCUGCCUAACUGAUGAUAAUUCCAAAAGAUAGUUUAAACUAAGUAAAUACAGGUUUUUAGUCCUUACAAUAAUGAUGUGUACUUAUGGAUUAAAUUACUGAUAUUCAGUUCGGUUCUAAAUUCAAGUAAACGUAAACUAAUUAAUGAAUAAUUAUCUGUAAGUUUAAUUUAUGAUCUAACUGUAGAUGUCAUAGUUCAUGAGGUGUCUUCACCCUAUAGUCCCUUAGUAUAAUUCUCUUAUGUGUCUUUAAUUUCUCCACUGUGACUGAAAUACUUGGUAUUGUUUGUAAUAUGAUUGUUCAUUAAACCGAUUAUUUGGUUAUAGACAAUAAAAGUCAUUUAGCUUAUUUUCAUGCUAUCAGUCGAAUCACUUUCAUACAACAUGCAUGCUAUGGAUUGUAAUAUAACAAAUCCACUUUUAUUCAUUGAAUUCCAUUGUGUAUGUAGCAUCUUUGGAUUAGAAAGACUUCGUUGAAUAGAUUCGACCGACCUAAUGAUAGCUUUUUUUCCCAUCGUUUUUCUGUAGUUGUUGGUUUUGAAGUUCCAAAUCGGUUCAUUGUUGGAUAUGCUAUCGACUACAAUGAUUUUUUUCGGGAUAUACCACAUAUAUGUUCAAUCAAUGAUGAAGCGAAGAAAAUAUUUGCCAUAUCGAAAUCAGAUAAAUAUGCUAAAUAAAGAUUAUUAAAACAAAGUACACAAUUUGGAACUUUGCUCUUUUUUUUUAUCUCUUACUUACUACAGUAUUUCCAAUAUAGUUCAACUUUAUUUAGAUAAGAGUUGGAGAUUUCUAAAUAGAUUGACUCUAUUUUAUCCACUUAUUCCCUUGUAUACUGUUAGAUUAUUAUUUUUUUUUCGAAAGAGAUCACUUAUUUUUUUUCUAUUUUUUGUCUCUUAAGUUAUGUAUAUGUAGUAAAAAUCAAAGUGGUUUAAAUAACUGUAAACUUAUAUUAUUGUACAGUAUGCUUAGACACUAUUGAUUUUUGCAAAUGUUAGUUGUGUUUAUGUUUC